AAGAUUACACAAAAGAUUUGUAUUCGCGUGUGAUACAUGCUUAAAGUGCAAUCUGUGAAUACACGGUUUAAGGUCUAUGUAUAUACGCACAUCGUAACCACCCAUUACUACGAAUUUAUUCGUAAUAAUUUACAUUCUCAUUAAUUACUCAUAAUGUGGAAUAACCUCGAUAAUAGCGUUGUGAGUACAUCAGGGGGAUUUUUGAAUGAUAGUCAGAAUUCAAAUGAUGAAAAUAAAAGGAGUGCUAAGAGAAUCAACAAAAUAAUCCCUGUUAUGAUUCAGCACUUAAUGCAAUCUGAAAAUUUGGAAGGUAGCAUUGUUACUUUCAUAGGAAUUACAAACCAUAUAGAAAAAAGUAGUACAAAAGUGACAUAUGAAAUUGAAGAUGAAACAGGCUGUAUUACAUGUUUCCAAUGGUUAGCAGUAGGAAAUAUAUCAGAGCCAGUAAUUAAUUUAAAUACUUAUGUACGAGUAUUUGGACACAUAAGGGAACAAAAUGAAACAAAACAUAUAUUAAUUUUAAAGAUUUGCCCGGUCACUACUUUAAAUGAACUAACUAGUCAUUUAUUGGAAGUGACCUUUGUAACAUUACAUAUUCAAAAAACCUCUAAUGAUCAAUAUAAAGAUUCUGAUGUUCCUAUGCCAGAUGAUAACCUUGGGUUAACUAAGGAUCAAAUCACAGUCUUUAGGAUUAUUCAAGCGGAAAAUGACACUGUUAAUGGAAUAGAAAGAAAAACUCUCAAGAAUCGUGUUCCAAAGAAUAUUUUGCCAAUAGUUGAUGAUAUAAUCGACUUCCUUACAAGUGAAGGACACAUUUAUACUACUUUUACAGAUGAUCAUUUCAAAACAACAUAAUUAUACAAGAAAACAAAAAAUUCUUUUGUUCAAAUUUAAUUUAAGAAAAUAGCAUUAAAAUAGUUUAAACUUACUAAAAAAAGAAAAAAAAAAAAUAAAUACAUUCUACAUGAUUAUUAUAGAUUUUUAUAAUAUCUAAAUGUAAAAUUAUAAUGUCAGGAAAUUAGUUUUUAUAAAAUUUGCAGAAUUUUAAAAUUUCAGUUUGUAUAAUUAAUAAUAAAUGUAAAUAAAUAUUGUUUUCUACAAAAA